CAGAGCACAAUCAUACCACCCAUCACGAGAUCACACUGCCACGACUACAUCGAUCGACAUUGCAGUCCCUCAUGAGCUGCACAAGCACAUUCACCUCGAACGCCGUCCUCUCCAAGCAGUCCGCCGCGGCGGCUGCCAAGGCACUGAGAAGCUUCAAUGGCCCUACACUCUCUAGAAAAGCCUUUCUAGGCUUCCAGCAUCAACUCACAGCCCGCAACUUCACCACCUCGAGACCCAAACAAUGGAAGGACUUCUUUCCUAAACCAGAUGCACCAGCUAUCAAAGAGACCCCACCAGCAUGGCCACAUCCAGUGUACACCGAAGAUCAGAUGAAGUCGGUCGUCAUCUCGCACCGGAACGCAAAGACAUGGUCAGACUACAUGGCUCUCGGCGCAGUGCGAACGUUACGCUGGGGCCUGGAUUUCGCGACUGCCUACAAGAAAGGCGAGGGACAGAUGACGGAACGCAAGUACAUGAUCCGGAAUAUCUUUCUGGAGAGUGUUGCAGGCGUUCCUGGCAUGGUUGCGGGGAUGCUUCGACACCUGCACAGUAUGAGGAGGAUGAAGCGGGACCAUGGUUGGAUCGAGACGCUGUUGGAGGAGUCGUACAAUGAGCGAAUGCAUUUGCUUACGUUCUUGAAGAUGGCUGAGCCGGGAUGGUUCAUGCGCUUCAUGGUCCUCGGAGCACAAGGCGUCUUCUUCAACGCCUUCUUCGUCUCCUACCUCAUCUCGCCACGAACAUGCCACCGCUUCGUCGGUCUCCUAGAAGAAGAAGCCGUCAUCACAUAUACCCGCGAGAUCGCCGAUCUGGAUGCCGGUCGACUACCAAUGUGGGAGAAGAUGCAAGCUCCAGACAUCGCCGUAAAGUAUUGGAACAUGCCCGAAGGCCACCGCACGAUGCGCGAUUUGCUGCUCUAUAUUCGAGCUGAUGAGAGCAAGCAUCGCGAAGUGAACCAUACGUUGGGAAACCUCAAUCAGAAGGAGGACCCCAAUCCUUACGUUUCUGAGUAUAAAGAUCCGGCGAAAUCACAUCCGUGUAAGGACUUGACGCAUCAGAAGCCGACGGGGUGGGAGAGAGAUGAGGUGAUAAACAACUAAUGACAGUCCCUUGCGAUUUCUCUCUUAACGCGGCUGUCGCGAUUCGAGUCAGCAUUUGAUCUCUGCUCUCAGGCGUUUGGAUUUGGAUAGCGAUACCAGUGGGAACGCGACAUGGCCCGGAGUUUUCCACAGAGCUAGAUAGAAUAAGAGCAUGUGACUUGGACUGGAGGCAUCAAGGGUAUAUUUAAAAAGAACAUGCAUGUAAGCAGCGAACAGCUGCAUGGGAAUUGGGAGCUUCUCCCUCAUCCAUCCCGUUCAUAUCCGUCUUCUGUCUUUGCCAU